AUGGACAACCUCUAUUACGCAGCUUCGUCGUCGACGAUAUCGCCGCCAACAGCUGGGACGGGCAACAAUUGUAACGGUGGUGGAUCAAAGGCGUCGAAACGCCAAAAGGUCAGCCAUCAGUUUUCGGCGAAGGGUGGUCGUAACCAGAAUGGAGGCUGUGGUGGUGGUCAACCGGCAGCCGGACAAAGUCUACAGCAACAGCCGCAUCACGCCAUCGUGCCGGACCAACUCAAACUCUACAGCAAUCCGGAUAUACUGAUAUGUGGCAACUGUCGGGAGAUGUUCACCGAACUGCAAGGUCUGUUGGAUCACAAGAAGGAAUACUGCAAACUCAGGUUCACGUGCAAAUGUAACAACUCAAUCAAGCCCAAUUUCAACAACAAUAACAAAUGGCCCGGAAACUUGAACGAUGGCUGCUUGUCUCUGGUGUGCGUCCAGUGCAAAGAAUCGUUUGACAGCGCCUGGGAUCUCAUGGUGCACGCGCAAUCGGCUCACAUGAUGAACGUCUACCAGUUGACCACCAGGGACCAGGUAACGGCGUCGCCAGUGCGUACAGAAUCGGAAAACGGAUCAACGUGUUCCGUGGGCGCUCAAGUGAACAUUGACGAGGACGCAAACGGGUCGGCGGACGAGUCUCUGUGCGGUGGACGUAACGAAUUGUACGAGCCGAUUGACAGCGAUCGCGAACCCAACCUAACCUCUCCGGCGGCAAUGAGCUUCAUCAGUGAAACGGAAAAGGAGUUGACCGACACGCCGCCGAUGACAUCUUCCUGUCAGACUUGUCUCAUCCAACAGCCUAACAUCCAAGCUCUCAUGGGCGUCCACUGA